AUUAGUAGUAAAAGAAACAAAAAUGCGUUGCAUCCUCUUGUCCCGCAAAGUUUUGAGUACACCCUCUAUCUCUUCCCAACUCCCUCAAUGACAGCCUCUAAAGUAGUGCAAAUUUCCAAGGAGAUAGAGGAUGCACGCUGCAAAGGGAAUUGGAAGCUCAUUCCAGAGCUAGCACGACGCUAUAGGAAACACAACCCCAAAGGUGAAAUCUUGGCACAGACAAUUUCAGCCGAAGCUUCGCUAUCGCAACUGUCCUAUAAUGCCCGUAAAGACACAACACCGAUAAAGGCACCAGAGCAGCAGUACGAUACCCUUGAAAAACCUACCCUGCCUCCACGACUCGACAUGAGCCAGGUGAAAUCGCUUCAACUACAGCUGAAAUCGGUCAUACAAAUGAACGACGAUUCGACAAACGAAAAAGAGUUUUCAAAAGUUAUAUUAGCACGUUCUUUCUUUGAGUGCGGCGAAUUUACAAAGACUCUGGAUAUGCUGCAGCAAUCUUCUAUCCCAAAGCAAGACACGGUAUUCGGUUAUCGCUCAGUUUUACUUUUACAAGCAUGUGUGAUCAAAGCAAUUAGUUUCGAACUUACUGGCGACGUAUCUUCGGCAUUGGAAAGUUACAAAGGGGUGGCCAUUGCAGUCAAUGAUGUAGCAGGAUCGAAGGAUCGUGUCUUUACAGAAUGGGCAGAAGAAGGUCUUUAUCGUGCCGCCCUUGUGGCAUUAGAGAAUGAUACCAGGAAUGUCGCAUCGACAUUGGAAAUUUUACGCGCAUAUCAACGAGCAACAGCCGCACAACCAACGACAUGGCGACUCCAGAAACGGCUCACCGUAACCCGACGAUCGUUGAAAUAUUUGUCAGAAACUUACCGUCGAGGGGAGUAUUGUCCUCCCGAAAAGGAAAGCAGUCCCAGCCAAACCCUGUUUAUGGUGGAAGCGACCCAACUCCGUACUAUCUAUGAAAGUAUGAUUCAUGCUUCUGCAGUAUUCCCUCGAGCAGAUCAAGUCAAUCCAAUCGUCCUCGAAUAUGUUGAUCAACUAGCAGAGUUGGUGGAUCUGGUCGCUUGGCCUAUUUGCGAUUUGCGAGCUUUCGCAGAGUCAUUGAAUCGCACGACUCAGAAGGCAUUCAAUUCCCCUCGUAUCAUGCGUCAUCAAUUUCACGUCCAGGUUAAGCUGGGCGAAUUCAAAGAAGCGCAUUACGCUUUUCGCUCUUACCUGUACCUAGUCGGCCUCACGUCUCAAGCACGAGACGAAUCACGGCUCCAUGGAGAGGCGCUAGCAACAGAUACUGACGGAAACAACGUUCCAGUGCCACUGAUUAGGGAGGAGGAGAUUCGACAAAUGAUAAGCGAUCGAGGUGUGGUGGAUGAUGGAGAGGUCAAGCCAGCGAAGUCAAUUGCUUCGAAACGAAGCGUUGAAAAGGAGUCAACGGAGGACGUCCUGAAAGUGCUGCUAUCCUCCAUUAAAAUGCUGUGCGAAGAGCUGGAACGAGGGGCUGAAGCUGUGGAAAUGGCGGAGAUCGCCAAGAACGUGUUCGACAUGGAGCUGGAACCAGAGCAACAAGACAUUUGGACAACGCUUGGAACACGUGUGUAUCGAGCGGCAGGCACCGCAUAUGGUCUCUUGGCAACACAGACCAUGGAUCCUACCAUGCGGCCGGAUUAUCACGGAAAAGCUCUGGAAUAUCUGGGGAAGUCUCUCGAAAUUUGCGAAUCUUGGGAAACAUACUAUCAACUUGCGCUUGAGCGAGGGGAGACACGCGAUAUACGGCAGGCUGUCCACGCGGUAACCAGGGCAUUACAACUGAAUCCGCGAUAUAUUGCAUCAUGGCAUCUGUUGGUUUUAUUAUGCACCUGCCCGGCCCAAAGCGAUAUGCAGCAAGCUUUCAGAACCUGUGAAACAGCUCUGGAAAAAGUACAAGAUAUCAUUUCGGAAUACCAAGAAAAUGAAUUCAGUAGCGGCGAACUUGGAACAAGGCCUGGUUUUGAUGACUUUCUGCAAUAUGUUUUGCUGGAAACAACACAGUCGAUGCUGACAAAUGUAGUCAAGGGAUCAGAGGAUGCGCUCGAAGCACAAAAGGAUGUUUUCGGUUCUUAUAAUUUGAUAGCACUACCCGAGGAUACGGAUAUGCCAUAUGUUGGAUUGUACAACGAAGGCAAUGAGCGGAAUCCGAUGGUUGUAUCAGGAUCUCUCGGUAAUUUGAGCGAGACAAUAGCAUCGGCAGAAGCAGACCCUACCGAGAAACGCAUACAAGCCAAUGGAGUUUCGACCGGCUCGCUUCGCCAGCAGAACGGCAGUCUCAAACAUCUUUCAGAAAAAGGCAGUCCACUAAACGGCAAAGCCAACAGUGUUAGGACCGAGCCAAUAAAUACUGCGCAUCACCGCCGAUUACAUCCUUCCCUCCACCUUUUCCGAGGACGGUCACUCAGAAGACAUAAAAAUAUGUCAGCAGUACCCUCCAAUGACGACAGCGACAGCCGCGAGAGCAGAGACUCGCUGUUUACCAACUCUAAUGUACGUGCGAGCUAUCCGAUGCAGGCAUCGAAUACUUCCUUGCAAAGUGCAACACCAUCAUUUAAUUCAACACGUUCACUCAAUCCCCGAGGCUCCAUCACAAGCUCCUCUUUCACACAGUCUACAGCACGUUGCCGACUACGACAGAAGCAAUCGACACGCAUAUUAUGUAACCUUUGGCUACUCUCAGCAUCUUUCUUUUUGAACAUGGGACGGAUCGACGAGGCACUCAAAUCUGUAGAAGAAGCAGAGAAUGUGGACUGGACAAGCAAUGCACGGUUAUGGUGCAUGCUGGGACGGAUACGUUUACUUCAGAACAAGGUCGAUUGGGCAAUCACAGCAUUUCAGAAGGGAUUAGUGUGUGAGAGCAACGACAUCGAAUGUCGAGUUUGGUUGGCCAAAGCAUACCAAGAACAAGGCUUGCUCGAGAUAGCUGAAGGAAUUCUAGAGCUCGUAACCCGGGGAAAUGGGUGGAGUUGUGCCGAAGCUUGGUUCUAUCUUGGUGAAGUGUAUCGAAAAACUGACCGUACCGAACGUGCAAAGGAUUGUCUUUUAUAUGCUCUAGAAUUAGAAAAAACGCAACCAAUUUUACCAUUCUAUGUAUUACCGCGUUGUGUAUAGUUAUAUUUUGUGCCGCUGUUGUACAGUUUAUAAAGUAACAUGUCAGACUUUUUUUUCGACAGGCAAGCGCUUAUAGCAAAUAAACGAGCCUUUUAAAA